AAACGCCAGUUCGCCUUCGCCAGUUGGUUCUUAGAGCGGAGCAGUGCUGGCAGGGAGUGUGUGCCGCGGCAGAAGCGGCGUCGGGCGUAGCUGCUCGAUUGCGCGACUUUGUGUUUAUGGUCGCUCGCGACCAUCAGGCCAAAUUUUUCACCUGCAGUGAGUGACACGCGCCCUGCAGACUGCUACCUUGUCCAAUUGACUUGUCAGUGACCAUGAGUUGUGCCCAGCGAUCUCUGCUCCGAGGCCCCGAAUCCUCAAGUUCGAGAACGGCUGGAGCUUAGCUUCAACUGCGGUCUUGACUUUUCGUUGCGGACGCGAGUCGGAUUGAGAAACGCGAUGCAGCCCUUGGGCGUCUUCGGUCCCACGGCGUUGUUCAUCUGCGUCGUGGUACUCUUCAUUUCCAGUCCGCAAGCUUCUUCAGCUUCAAGAGGACAAAGAUGUCUCGAUCAUAUCACAGAAGUGCAUCCGAAACGGUUCUUGUUCUACAGAGGACAAACCAUGUUUCUCACCCUCGAGACGUCUACCCGUCCAGCACACCAGGUGCUCACUAAUGUAUUCGCAAUUUUCCUCCAAGAGGCGUUGGGCUAUCCUUACAUCACGGUCAACGUAGUUGACGACAAAUUCAACUCGACCAACGCGAUCAUCGGUUUCAAACAACCAGAUGGCGGCACGUCAAAUAUCACGCAUCCUCCAAACAUGAUCAACCUGGAAAUUAUGAUGGCUGCAAAUGAGGACCUUUCGCUCCCUAACAGUCACAGGGGUUCUCUGGACGUGGAAGAUCUUGGAAACUCGGGACCAGGCGGGAGCUUUAGUUGGACCAUCCCAACCUCGACUAUUGGUCACUACAAAAGCCAGUUGCUGAACCAGCCAUCCCCCGAUCACUGGAGAGUGCUAACGAAACCAGAGUGGCUAACCCUGUUCGAUCAAGACAUCAGCCAGUUCCUCAAGUACUCGAAAACGGGGAAAGGCUAUUUUUGCGAAAAAAGUUUUUGCACAAAUGGCGUCUACACCCCCGACCAGUGUCUACAAAACAGCAAGGGCAAAGCAAAAUGUGCCACUCUCCUAGCAGAUUACCCAGAUAACAACGAAUUUGUUAUUAAACAAAUCAACGCGCUGAAGCUGUUCGUCAGGGUGGUCUGGAUCGGCCCUCACCUGCAGUCGGUGACAGAGCAGUUUGCUGACAGUUUGAACCUGUUAGACAAUCCCAAAGCCGUCAUCUCCUUGAAUUGGACUCCAGGACCCCUAACGGCUAGGGAUCCCAAGAAGUUUACAUCAAUCAGCUUCCCCUCCUGCGAAACCUACGGCCCGUCCUCGGAGUGGCCUUGCUUUAAACUCACCCCUCACCGGUCUGCCAAAGUCGCUUGGAGCGUCCUGAAAUUCAACGCGAGGGUUGCAUAUGAGGCUGUGCAUCGAUACGAAUUAAAAGACUACGAAUAUGCAGACUUACUCACGAACUACACAACCACAAAUGAAAGUUACGGAUUCAGAGACCUUGGUUGUCAGUGGUUAAGGACGCAUGAGGAUAUUUGGUUGAAAUGGAUUCCGUCCGAUGACAACGAAAGGACGAAAAUCUACAUUGGAGGAAUUUUCCCCAUGGGUGGUGAAGUGUACACAGCCAAGGGUAUCAUGGCAGCUGCAUCAUUCGCGGUCAAAGCAGUCAACAACAAUCCAGACGUGCUCAGGGACUACACACUGAAACUAUUAGCUUUUGAUGGGCAGUGCAAGGCUGACACAGUCAUGAAGAACUUUAUUGACUACAUCAGGCUCCCGUAUUUCAAUCAGCUUGCUGGAAUUUUAGGUCCCGCUUGCUCUGAUACCGUUGAGCCCCUGGCCGGUGUCUCAAGACACUACAGGACCGUUGUAAUCAGUUACAGUGCUGAGGGUGCUAGUUUUUCAGACAGAAAUAAAUACCCGUUUUUCUUCAGAACCAUUGGCGAGAAUAAGCAAUACAAAUAUGUCUACCUGUCGCUUUUCAAUAAACUCGGCUGGAAAAGGGUAGCAGCGCUGACUGAAGACGGGCAGAAGUACACCGAAUAUAUAUCGCACAUGCAUGAUUACAUCCAGCAGCACGGAAUAAUCUUUGUAGCAAACAGGAAAUUUCCACGAGAGCGAAGCGAAGUCGCCAUGUCCCAGUAUCUGGACGACCUGCGAAGCAAAUCUGCGAGAAUCAUAAUUGCUGAUGUGUACGACGAUGCCGCGAGGACCUUGAUGUGUGAGGCUUACAGACUUAAAAUGACCAGCAAGCAGGGCUACGUUUGGUUUCUGCCUCUGUGGCUGCAGACUCGGUGGUACGACACUGACCAUUACAACAAGGUUAAACACGAGAAAAUCGAGUGCACCACUCAGCAAAUGAUAGAGGCCAUCAACGGUCACUUUGCUUUGACGCACGCUUACUUCGCUCCGAACGAAGCCAAAAUGCAGGAAGGAAUCACAGUUGGAGAGUGGAGGAGGGAUUACGAGAACAGAUGCAAUAAGCAUAAAAUAGAGCCGUCCAACUACGGAGGAUAUUCAAACGAUGCUGUCUGGGCCUACGCAUACGCCUUGGACAAACUUUUCCAAGAAAACCAAUCCUACGUUGCAGAUUUGCACACAGAUGAGGCCUCAAGGGCUUUCGUCAAGCACUUGAAUAAUACCGAUUUUAAUGGUGUGUCUGGGCACAUUAAGUUCAACAAUGGACCGUCCAGAGUUUCCGUCGUCAACGUUAUGCAGUGGAUCAACAACAGGACCAACAUUGUUGGCUCAUUCUAUCCCAAUGUUUCCGAAAUCAGAGGCGAAAUCAUCGGGGGGAGGUUGGAACUUAACGAAUCUGCUUUACACUGGCUGUCUCCUGACGGCCUUAAGCCAGAGGAUGGCACUGAACCGCCACCAUCUUGCUUCGUUGAUCCGGUUGCUAAGUUCUUCGACUGUUCCUGCGAGACAGCUAUUAUUAUAGUUAAUUUACUUGGCUUUGGAGUUUUGGGCAGUAUUGCCAUCUACACAUUCUUUUACUUGAAGCGAAGGUACGAGAGGGAGGCAAAAAGAUACAUGCAGUCCAUGGGAAUUGACGGUCUGCCACCCCCUAAUAGUCUCGAUAAGUGGGAAAUCCCAAGAGAAGAAGUGGUUGUAAACCGCAAGCUAGGCGAAGGUGCGUUUGGCACUGUGUAUGGCGGUGAAGCAUAUUUCGGAGAAAAAGGAUGGGUUGCUGUUGCUGUGAAAACUUUGAAACUAGGCUCGACAACAGAGGUUAAGCUGGAUUUCCUGAGCGAGGCUGAAGUCAUGAAGCGGCUCGACCAUCAAAACAUCGUCAAACUGUUGGGGGUGUGCACCAAAAACGAGCCCGUCUACACAAUCAUGGAGUUUAUGCUCUAUGGUGAUCUGAAAACAUUCCUAUUAGCACGUCGUCAUUUAGUUACCGAGCGCAGCUCCGAGGAGAACGAAGAGAUCAACAGUAAGAGACUCACUAACAUGGCGCUGGACGUUGCUCGAGCUCUCACAUACUUGGCUGAUCUCAAAUUCGUCCACAGGGACGUGGCUUGUCGAAAUUGCAUGGUGAACGCAAACAGAAUAGUCAAGCUAGGCGAUUUCGGAAUGACCAGGGCCAUGUUUGAGAGUGACUACUACAAGUUCAAUCGAAAGGGAAUGCUGCCUGUAAGGUGGAUGGCACCAGAGAGUCUCGAGCUUGGAAUUUUCACCCCUCAAUCAGACAUCUGGUCCUAUGGAGUGCUUCUCUAUGAAAUCAUCACAUUUGGCAGCUUUCCAUUCCAAGGCAUGAGCAAUAGCCAAGUCCUGGAGUUUGUCAAGAAAGGAAACACUCUUUCCAUUCCAAAGAACGUGAAACCAAAUUUGGAAACGCUGCUUCGGUCGUGUUGGGCGAAGGAGUACAAAAACCGCAUCACCUCCCCUGAAGUGGUUGAGUUCCUGGCCAACAACCCGCGUCUGAUCGCGCCAUGCCUGGACGUGCCGCUCGCCUCGGUACAGAUGGAGGACACGGCGCAGCUGGAGCUGAAUCUGCCAGAGAAGACGCGUAAGUGCUCGGUGGCGCCGGUCAAGAACCGACAGCGGUCGUUGUCGGGCGGCGGCGCCGCCACCACGCCCAACUCGCCGACGGCCACUUUCGACUCGGAUCCCAAGCUGCUGCGUUCGGCCACCAGCCACGACGUGCAGUACCCGCUGAUCCCGGGCCCACCGAGCAGCGGCCCCCGCGGCCAGGCGGCGGCCGCGUCGCCGCCCACCACUGCCGACACGGUGCCGCUGCUGGCCAUGCGAGGCGUUGACCACCAAAUGGUGGCACCGAGCGCAGUCAACGUGCCCAUGCUGCCACCGCCGCCGCGUCCAGCCGACUACAUCGAGAAUGGCGGCGCCUACAUGACACCGCGUCGCAUGCCCAUGGCCAAGUACAGCACAGUCUUCCCCACCAGAAGAAAAGACGACGUCAGGAGAAAAGACGACGCGGCUGAAAUCACCUCCGUCUUGUAGCUCAACGUUGGCUAGUCGCAACAGUACCGCGCCAAACCGCGCACUCGGGAGUGCAUUUGAAUGAGUCCUAUUGUCGUAGUGUUUGGACGUUUCACGUAAAAAGACGCCGAAAAUUCGGCACUCUACGUCUCUCCAUCCGUCUAUUUAUGUCUCAAUACUCAUGUCUAAGCGGCCAUAUUAUACACGCGUGUAUUGUUUUCGAAGUUGGUGUCAACCCAAAACGCCCCAGUAGAAGUCUACCAUUUUUUUUUAACUCUUACGUUAGUUCCUGUGAUCCAUAAAACAAACACGCAACUUAGCUUGCUUUAAAGCUAGUUUUUAGUUCACCAACACAUACACAUUCAGUACAACCCCCAGUUAGUAAGGAGUACGGCAGUGACUGUUUCAACGUUAAGUGUUCAUUUUAAUCGCUAUUUCAUGUUUGAUGUGUCCGAAUCUCUCGCAAACGCUAAUUUUGCCCUAAUUCUGGAGAACGGUCCGAAAAGACACGAUGGAAAUCUUGCAUACUGAACAAACUCCCUCUUUGCUUACGAUUUGUAGAGGAAUCACGGAAUGUACCUGACGUGUUAAUUUUUAAAAUCAAAAUUACGUAACUGUUAAUGCUAAUUUUACGGAUCAGUUAGAUAUUUAAGAUUUUUACUUCUUAAAAUUUUAAUGAAUUAUCUACGCAACUUUUUUUAUCAUGUAAAACCAAUACUACUCUGAGUUGAACGAAGGGCAAAUUCACUAUUUUUAUCGCUGUUGGUAACUGUGAGUUAGGAAAAUUCUUAUAAAUCUAUGUCUACGUUAUUGCAUGUUAUUUUGCAGGACAAAAAGAUAUUGGAAAUAGCUUUGCGUCUUCGUAUUGAACACCCAAGCAGGACUUGUGUUUUCAAUAGCUUCUAAAGACCGAGUAUCCCUAGUCGCUAACCAGAAGCUCGAUAUUGAUAGAUGAAGGGAAAAUCAAAAUAUUACUUUGGUUUUUUUGCUCAGUUUUGUCAAAUGAUAGAUACCUUUCAUGGUCAGAAUACAUCAUCAUGAAUACUAAUUUAAAUCUGACGCACUGCUCUACAUAGUUGUUGUAACCAAUAAAACGUAUUGAAAUAAUAUAUUUAUAAUAAAACAUGGAAAA